UUCGUUCCUUCCCUUUCCUCCUCCCCCCUCCCUCUCUGUCUAAAUUACAAGUUCAGAGAGUUUUUAUUGUAGCAACCAUGUUUUCUGCUGUUCCAGCCAUGCUUCCCUCUGACUCCCUCCUCCAUUUUCCCACUUUCGACGGGGGCUUUAUCCCCGACGGCUUCACCCCGUGGGAUUGCUCGGAGCAUUUUCCGGCAAUCCCAUCACCACUACCCGUGAUCUCAACCCUAAGUUCAUCUCCGGUUCAGUCUCCCAAAACAGUAAUUUUGAGUUCUGGUUCAGAUGACGACCCGAACCGGCCGGACCGGACCCAUGCCAAUGCGAAGUCAUGCCAAAAUGACGACUCGAACCGUAGAGUUUCGGUGGUGGACGAGCGGAAGAGGAGGCGGAUGAUAUCGAACCGGGAGUCGGCCAGGCGGUCACGGAUGCGAAAACAAAAGCACAUAGAAAACCUAAGGAACCAGGUGAACCGGCUUAGGGUUGAGAACCGGGAACUGAACAAACGGUUGAGGAUCGUUUUGUACCAUUUUCAGCUCGUACGGACAGACAACGAUAGGCUCCGAUCCGACCACGUUAUGCUCCUGCAGAAAUUGUCAGACAUACGUCAAAUUCUGGUUUUCCGGCAGCACUUGUCUUCUGCAUGGCCAUGCGAUACCAUUAUUCUACAACAAACCCCAUAUUUAAUUAAGUAAUUUAUUAGACUAGUACUAGUAAUAUUAUAAGUAGCAAAAAACCUCAUUAAUUUCUCAAAACAAGAACAAUGAGCCAUGAUCCUCUCUCUCUCUCUCUCUCUCUCUCUCUCUCUCUCUCUCCCCCUCUCCCUCUGUAAAUUAUAUAUAAAAGCUGCUAAGUGAAUGGUGGGGUUAUGUCUUAUGGUGGUGAUUUUUGCAAAAAGGAAAAAGUAGGGUUUGGAAAAUCAUGGUUUUCGUUGGAAAACCUUUUGGGUUAUUUAUUACAAUAUAUUUUGUAAAAAUAUUAGGCAACUAAUGUUUUGUUUAUGGAAGCAUUUUGUAGUA